CAAUUCACUUUGACAGAACCUCACUAGUUGCCUGUGAUAAGAGGUGACAAUUUGAUACAGGGAUAUUCGUCAGGUUUGUAUACAAUGACGAACCAGAUAAAGAUGAUUUGGACGUUCAUGUUUGUCUCGCAAAUGACGCAAGCACGCAGCGAAUUUCAGCAAGCCAUUUUCCGCAGAUAUGAGAAACGCCUCUUGGCGAAUCAUGUCAUCGAACGAAAACAAGCAGAUUCGGAGUUGGAAUGCGGUUUGCAUUGUGUUGGACAUGAAUCGUGUGCGUCUGUGAAUUAUAAAACGUCUGGAAUUGGUAAAGGUCUGUGUGAGCUAAACAAAAGGAAGACUCAAGAAACAUCCGAUGUCGAUGAGCAAACAAACCCUGAAUUCAACCAUCUUGCAGUGGAUUCUUCCUUGUCAAGCUCUCCGACAAAACAAUUAACAAAACCCCGGAAGCCAGCGUCUUGUAAAGAAAUACUAGAAAGGAACAGUUCACAAACCAACGGUGUUUACAAGAUAAAAAAUAAUGUCUCGCUCGAGGAAUAUGAUGUUUAUUGUCACAUGAAUCCGAUAUCUGGGUGUGGAGGAGGAGGCUGGACCCUGGUGAUGAAAAUUGAUGGGAACAAGAACGAUUUCAACUAUAGCUCUUCAUAUUGGACCAACAGGGUAGCCUACGAAGUCGAAGAUGGCCUCGAAGGCUUGACGGAAAAACAAACAAAGUUGGCUUCCUACUGGAACACACCGUUCCGCAAGAUUUGCCUCGGAAUGAAAGUCAACAAUGAGACCAGAUGGAUAGCGCUGGACUUCGCCGCGAGUUCGUUAUACAACGUGAUCGGAGAUGGAAGUUUCAAAAACACAAGUGCCGGAAAGGAAGCGUGGAAAUCUCUCGUCAAUGGUUCAGCUUUACUUGAAAAUUGUAACAAAGAAGGAUUUAGUGUAGUAAACAACUUUAAAUCAUCAUAUUUUGUAAGUUAUGUUCGGGUCCGCAUUGGUCUCAUGACAAACAAUCAAGACGACUGUGAUUCUUGUAACUCGUGCAUUGGUUUUGGUACAUCAGCUGGUUGUAAUAACGACAUACGAAUGACGACAUGUGGUAAUAUGGCCAUUUGCGGUCACCUAAACAACAAAAACACACCGGCUUUUGGAUUCAUUCUUGUAGAGUAACUUUUGCACUAUUUAGCAGAUCAUAGCAGAACCGCAGUUGCGAUUUAUUGACACAACAUAAGUAACAGUAUUGAUUGCACAUUUCAUGGUUUUUAGAUAGAUAUAGAUACAACAUUAUUUAAAAGAACAGCUUUUGGACACCUUAUUGGCUAUUUGAUACUUCAAAUUUUUCAAUGUAUGUUUUAAUAUCUUUAUUAAUGUUGUCGCUAGUGACUAAAACAUACCUUCACAUUAGCCCGGUUGGCGAGAUAUAACGAAGGGUAAAGAAAAUUGAAAUGAGUAAAUAACACUAUUUUGGUUUUAUCAUCCUAACAAUAUAGCAUGUGAUUGUUUUCUUUAAAACGGCUUUUUUCAAUACCUCAAAGUCAUUUUACGCUUCGUGAAAUCUUGAUAACUGGGCUCAUGUGAACAGCCCCUAACUUUGUACAGUGAUAUGCUGAUUUGACAUAAUAAUUGCCUUCCUAUCGUUUGGUUGUAUUAUCACAUAGCACCGUGCAUGCAUCUAAAACACAUCACUAUUUACUACUAUGUGGCUAGGUCGAAAUGUUUGUGGACGAUUUUAAUAGUUAGUUUGAAGAACACGGUCACAACCUCUGUAGAAAUAUAUUGUUAAGGUAACAAAAUUUGGUUACAACAACAUUUCUAAACAGCUACUCUUUCGUUUUAGAGCUUGGCAAAAAGUGCUCAAAUUUGCAUGUAUUGUUAGAAACUCAAGCUCAGAUUUUCCACUAGGUGAAAUUUUUCCAUUGGACGAAAAAUUUCACCAAGCCUAUCAUUCAAAACUGCCUUAAGGCGGUGUUACACUAUGCAACUUCUUUAUAACUUGCAACGCAAUUCUAUUCCUGAGCUAGGCAUCUCAAAUUUCUUCCACGCGUCUGGAAAAAAAAUUGGCUACGAGAAUUUGUGCAAUUUAAUCAGGAGUUAGCGUUUCAGUUCUUUUCGGUUAAGUGUCAAAUCGCCAGGCGGAAUUACUCGACGGAAAUGAUUAAGUUAGUCAA